CGGACUGAUUCAGUAUCGCGAGAUCGUAGAGGCGUACAUGCCGCAGCGCUGUCUUCGCCAGCUUGGAUUUGUCCAAGUUGUCCCACCUCCACCGGCAUGGCCCAGUAAGGCGGUACGAUCUGCGUCGUCGAAGGAGUACGUCGUCCAAUGGCCGUCAAACAUGAUAUCCAUGUGGGAGCAGUUUCCGAUGGUUGCCCGCCUAUGGACGGCGGAGCUGCAGCGGCCGCCAAGUGGGGUGACUGCCAUGUGUGACCAGCACUACAUGGAAUGGUACAUCCGGCACUCGCACCCGAGGUUGAUCAAAGACAUCGACGACGCAGAUGAUGACGAUGUGCCACCUGCCACUGCCUCUUAUGCGUGGAUGGGCAAGAUUAUGCAGUUGGGACACCGACUUUUUGAGGAAAGGGACUGCAUGACGAGUGCAUCAGGCAGAGCUGUUAUUGACGAUCUGGAACGGACCCUUGAGCAGUGGCAGUGGGCGUCACAGAGGGAUUACUGAUAUUUGAAAUUAGACAUUAUCUUUUUAGUUUGUAAUAUUUGAAAUUA